AUGCCUCACAAGACUCGACCCAUGACGGCCCUUCUGGUGUUCACGGGGCUGAAUGCCCUUUUGUUGACGACGAUCACCCCCGUCUAUGAUUUUGUGUGCUUCCAUCCAUAUUGGGAGAGGCGGGUAUGCUUCAUGCUGUCUCUCAUGCUCCUCAAUAACUUCUUUUCCGCGGUGAACUUAUCACAAAUGCUCAUUGCAUCUCAGUCUUGCAGAAAUUCUAGUUUUCAAAACCAUAAAAUAACUUGUGACGCUGUCAUCAUCCACUGCGUUGUGCGUUCAUGGAACCAACGCAAUGACCUCUAUAUUGAUAUUUCUGGCUCGAAUAGUUUCUUUCCUUCUGCAGUUUUCCGUUCUCAUUACAGCCUUUCUUUAUAGGCAUCAAUUAUCUUGUGCGGAUUCAUUGAUAUGUGCUACUGAGAGUGGAGGGUUUUAUUCUUUAGUCCAUAGAACAAAAACCAGUUCCCUUUCUUUCAAUAAAGUUGUGAAAUUUUCAUCAAAUAUGGCUUCCUACGGUAAACUUUGAACUGAAUUCCCCUCAUUGGGGACGCAUGCUAUUCCUGCAAUAUUAUGAAAGAUCUGGCCAACCCAAGCUUUGUUUAUAUUAGGUCUAUUCGAUUUUUUAAAAAGAAAACUGCGUGGGGCCAAAUUUCCUCCCUUCAAAAUCAUAUCAGGGCCAUCUAUACUUUGAACCACCACAAUGGGUAAAAUCUAAUCGGAUGCUGCCGGGCGGCCAGUGUGUGGAUGGAAAGUGCGGAUCAUCGUUUUGUUGAAUCCAGUAAACAUUUUAAGAUCUAUGACGUCAGUGAUGAACUGGGGAAAUAGGGAGAGGUUUGGUGGAAGAUUUUGGAUGCCAUUGGACACUAUCAUAGAAGCAGUAUCACUUGCAGAGGAUUGCUCUUCACCAUCCUCUCCAUUGGGUACCCCGUUGGUGUAAGGCAAGAGUAAGCCUACUUUCCGGUGGUGAAGCUGUUUGCUCACUGUUGGGCAAGAACGAAGUUUAGUGAAGCGUUGUUCAUCGUGGGGAAUCAUUUGUCUUUUGUUCUGUUCUGGGCUAGGUGAAAGUUUCGUUUCUAUGUACCAUACCCAACUGAAAGAAACAGGGAGAAAGGAUGA